AUGGCGACGGUCACAAGGCUGGAGAAGAAAACAUUGUAGCAUGUAUUUGCGGUGGUGUGAUCAGUGUGGGACAUAUGAAAUAAGCACAUGGAUGGGGAGGAAAUUAUCAUUGUCUCGUGUUCAGACAGUAGUGACUUCGAGGUCGUUUCGGUCAGUAGCGAUGAGGCAGAGACAAACGCAAAAUUGGAAGCGGGAAAAAUCUUUGCCAAAGCUACUGAAACUGGUCGAAGUAAAUCUGCACAGAAAAGGAAAAAGCGAUUGCGAGAAAAAUCUCAACAAAUCAUACCGUCAUCGAAAAAGGAAAAGAAACUAAAUCCAAAAGAGAAGUCCUGUUCCAAGUCUUGCAAGGAACCCAACAGUAUGACCUGCCUGAGAGAACAGAUUGCAAUACCACCAGUAAAACACAAGUAUGAUAACAAAAAAUCUUGGUCCCAAAACAAAAAAGAAAAGGAAGAUCGUAAGUGUUUACCUCCAGCUUGCAAACGGGCCCGGCUGAAUCUGCCCGAGUUGGCACCAAAGUGCAGCAGCAGCAAGCUGGGAAGGACAAUCACCAUCACAGAUGAUGAAGAUGAAUUCUCUGAUGACCUUCCUGACCUCGAUCUGAGACAGAAGACUCCUGAGCAUCAUCCAGCCUAUUCCUCGGGCCCUGCUGUGACAUCCUCUCCCAUUGUCUUGUCAUCAGACGAUGAUGUGUCCAACACAAGGCUUGGCAUUUUCGCAUCACUUUCCGCCACUUCAGAUGAGACAGUUAGUAAACCUGAAGUGCCAAGUCUUGAUAAAAGUGUUCAAGAUAAGAAAGAAACUAGUUUAAACAAAAGGUUACUGUUAACAGACUCUGCUAGAAAUAAAAUGGCAGCUAUAUUUGGUAAUGUUCUCAGGCAAAAUAAGACAACACUUGGAAGGCCACAGUCACCCUCAGAAUAUUCAGAUGUAUCAAGUAACAGCAGUAAGCCCUCCUCCACUGGUAGCAGACAUUUUAUGGAUGCAGUCUUUCAGCCAAAUGAGAAUGCUCGUGCACCAUCACCAGUGCCAAGUUUAUCUGAUGUGUCUGACUCAUCUCAGAUAGAUAUUGAUGAUAGUGAUAGUGAUAGUGAUGGUGAUGGUGAUAGUGAUAGUGACGAUGAUGAAUACCAGCCUGAUUCAGAUACCACGGACUGUGAAAUUUCAAAACCUGUCAGUCUGUGCCCAUCACAGAGUGUAAAAAAAAAUGCUCAAGUUUCAGCUCCAAAGAUGACAAGAACAGUCAGUUUCACUAAUAAUUCGUCCAACAGUGCUCCUCGUUUAGACAUACGUAAAUUCUUUCCUUCCAAGCCAUGUAAUUCCUAUGAUAAAGUAAGCCUUGAAGGUCGCUCAAGUCAUCUGAUAUCUUAUCAUAGUCAGUAUGUUACUGAAGAAGAUGAGCUUGCAGCAUCUUUGACUCACUUGCAUGUAAAUACAGUAGACGCUGCUUUAGAAGAAGGAGAGAAGUUUCUAGAGUAUGGGCUUGACCUUGUCAGUGACUUCUCCUCAAGAUUAAAGCCAACAGAUGAAAUUGUAUCUGAAAUCCUUGAAAAAAGUCUGUUGGGUACAAGUUGCAUCAGAGUAUCGUACAAGACAUUCAAACUGCUGAGUCAGGUGUGGCAAAAGUACCCAAGCUGUAUACACAUAGACUGGGAUCUCUUCACUCGUGUGAUGGGCAACCUGUCCCUUGAGAAAGGGAGGUAUGUGACACCAACAGAGUUUAUAGUGAAGGGAAGUCUCUAUGUCCAGCUUGUAAUCCAGGCUCUUGAAACAGAUCUCUACAAAAGGAAUCUGCACAAUCUUGCAGAAAUACGAAGAGCUCUUGCUUACCAGUAUUUGUCUGUGGACACGUCGUACACCAAUUUAAAGCAGAUUGUUUACUGGGUAGGCAGCAUUAUAACAUCUGAGUACAAAGAUGUUAGUAAUCCCGAGGCUAGUCAGUCUAAACACAUGUGGUCUUGUAUUGAUGGGGGAUGUGUUCCUAAGGUGCUACCUAAUCUACAAAAGCUGCUGCACUUGGGCAUUCAAGUGUCCAGGAACUGUGUGGAUGCAGCCAAGCGGAUCUCUUGUGAAUUGGUUAGGACAUACAUCUACUUGUCAGACAUCCAGUGUAAAAAGCUGUUUCUACAGACGCUGUCAUCAGAUCUCUUGCGUUUCAAGGUAACACAGAGGUUACUGGAGGAUCACUGUGAUGGGACCAGUCUGUGUUGUGAGGAUUUCCCUGUAUCCCUGAAGCAAGUUGUAGAGGCAUACUACCAAGCCUCCCCUCCCCGAAGCCUAGUCACCCCACCCCAGUCCCCAUCAGAUGAUGAGGGGCCAGGGGUCCAUGGUGCAGGGAUCCAACAGUAUUCCACAGCGAGCUGUGAGGAGCUGGCCAUGUUAGUCUACAUAAAUACACAGAGCUAUCUGCAGUGUGCACAAACUGCAGAGUAUGAGCCUCUGGCACAGCAGUCUGGACACAAGCAGAACAAACACUUUUCUUUUGUGAGUUCACAAGAUCAACAGACACUGCGAGAAGCUGUAGAUGAGUUGCAUGGACACAUGUUACAGCUAACCAGCGAACUCAACAGCACAACACACACCUAUCUCUUCAUGAUGAAGUGUCUUGGCAAUCUUCACUGAGGUCCUGGGAAAAACCUUCAAGUGAAUCAUCACUUUACAGAGCUUGGCAUAUGACCUUGUCCUUUCAGGGUGAAUUAUUUUGGGAACCUAUACUAAUGAACACCUCAAGCUUUGGUGCCAAUACAUCCACACAGCAGGGAGUAACCUUGUCAUGGCAGCUCAUAGUAACAAGACUGCACUUUCACACCGACAUUCAGGGUUCCAGCUCAUAUCGUCAUGGUAGCCAGGCUAGUUCUACUCAGCUUGAUAUGUUAACAUGGUGUUUUGUCUCAUGUGUUAUUGAAACAUCAGCUAUACAGCAUGUGUAUAUCGUGAGUGUACAUAAGACCUACCAACAAAGACCAGUUCUUUUGUUUCCGUUGAUAGAUAGUGUUCAGUGUUUGGAAACAGCUACCUUGUGAACCUUGCUGAGUGGUCUCGACCUUUGAAAGACAAGGUUAAACAUUUGGAGGAAUUGCUGCAAAGCGUCAACACAUCACUAGGUACAGGCUGCGCGUUCUAGCUUUUCCUCUCGGUGUCCUCAAUAAUUACAUGUUUGUCCAUGUUGCACCAGAUUGUGACAGAAACCAGAUAUACUUUAUGAGGUAUUGGCAACAGUAUGAAGACAAGACUGGCCAUAUGGCAUAUAUGCGAAAGCUUUUUUGGCAGAGGGUUUGGUGACAUGCCAUUUUAAAGAGCGUCAUCAAAAAGCACUUGGUGUUUUUACGUAACAAUAUCACUAAUAUUUAUGUAUCUUUCAUUGUGCACUCACCAAUACUCAUGGUUUCAUAAUCAUUUCAUAAUGGCAGCCAAAUGUACACUUACAAAUUCACAUUCACAUUCUUUUUUAAUUGAUGACAGAUAAACUUGGCUCAAAAGAUAUGAUCGAUCAAAAUUCUUUUCUUUGUACAGUGAAACCCUGAACACAUUGGUAUAGGUAACCACUACAGAAGUUACCACAUUGACAGGAUUAUAUUGUCUCAAUUUUAUGACUGUGUCUGGACUACCAUAUUGGUCUUGUACAGUUGGAGCUUGUUUCCAGAAAAUAUGUGAAACAUUUUCUACAUGGAUCUCUCUUUUGACAAACCUUGUAACUGUUUCUGGCUUACCAUGAUGGUCUGGUACAGUUAGAGGUUGUCUUCAGAAAAUAUGUGAAAGAUGCGUUCAUGGAUCUCUGUAGACAAGACUUCUGUCUGUGUCUGGACUACCAUGAUGGUCUGGUACAGUUAGAGCUUGACUCCAGAAAAGAUGGUAAAAUGUGUUCGACAUUGAUAUCUGUAGACAAGCUUUCUGUCUGUGUCUGGACUACCAUGAUGGUCUGGUACAGUUAGAGCUUGACUCCAGAAAAGAUGGUAAAAUGUGUUCGACAUUGAUAUCUGUAGACAAGAAUUCUGUCUGUGUCUGGACGACCAUGAUGGUCUGGUACAGUUAGAGCUUGACUCCAGAAAAGAUGGUAAAAUGUGUUCGACAUGGAUCUCUGUAGACAAGACUUCUGUCUGUGUCUGGACGACCAUGAUGGUCUGGUACAGUUAGAGCUUGACUCCAGAAAAGAUGGUAAAAUGUGUUCGUCAUGGAUCCCUGUAUAGAUAAGCCAUGUAUGUAUGUCUUUGUAGAUGUGUCAUGUCUGUAUAUGCUUAAUGAAUGGAGAGUAGCUUUACAGAUUUCAGUUAGGGCCACAUGGAGGAACAAACUCACUGUGACACUUGAAGCUUUGGCUAGGCUAAUGAGUAAAUCUAAUUAGACAACAUCCUAUGACAGUACCAGAGGUGCUAACAUAGUUGUUAACCAAGUCAUCAGCACCUGACUGUUUGCCUUUCUUCUAUGCACAGAAGCCAUUUCCUCCACAAAUAUAAGACUUAAAAAAAAUAGUCCUGACUUUCCUCUUAAUGAAUUAGAUAUAUUUGUUAAAAGAAAUUGCUGCCCCAUAUCUUACCUCUCAGCUAACCCUAAGGAUUGUAAAGGGGGGCGUAAUCAGAAAGGGGAUGCAAGGGAUAAGGAUGGGUGUAACUUACGCUAACCAUAAUGAUUAGGGAUAAAGAGGCAGGUGAAACCUCUGAAAUGAGAUCUACAGUAGUCAAAUAGUGCAACAGUAAGUUGCAGCUGGUAAACUGCACUAUUGCCAGUGAAUGAUACACCUGUGUGCAGUUGAGGUAUGUCCAUGAUGUUCAGUGUUCAGUUGUUGUCACAGCAGGUCAGUUGAAAUCCAACAUGGAGGUGCUCACUCCCUGAGGGAAGGUCAUCAGCCUCCAGUCUUUCAGUUGUCCCCUGUGAGGAAUUUACAAAAAGAAAUGGAUUCUUAAUGUUUUUGUUACCAUUUUCAUGCUUCACAUGCUUGUAUUGGUCUGUUCAAGAAGUAGUGAGAUAGUUUGCUUUAUCAUGAAAUGUUUUAUGGUGUUGUCACUCAACCUCAAUCAAAUCACUAACAUCUUUUUUCUGCUAAACAGGGAACUAGUUUCCAUUUUAUUCCAGAAUAUAUUUUGACUGUAUCUGAUAGAGAAGAACAAUAUGUUUUGAAUGAAUUAAGACUUUGGAUGUUCUUGGAGUUAUAGUUUUAAAAUGUGACUAUUACUGAGAACUGUGGUCUAACUUUCUUUCAGAUGACAUAAAGAAAACAAACAAUGAAGUAUAAGCUGAAGGCAUAGUGCAGUGAUGAAAUAGAGUCAGUGAUUUCUUUUGUCUUCGCAUCAUUGUAGCAUGCAGACCUUAAGGAAAUAUUUCGUGCAUGGUGUACUUGCUCACAACUGUUAUGUACUGCUUUGUUUUUUGCAGAUAAUUGUGAAAUAAGACACAGAUGACCUGCAUCAUCAUGUUGCGUCACCUUGAUAAGUGUUCUCAGCUUCAUCAAAUCGCUGUUGGAAUCUUAACUCUUUGCUGACUACAGACUUUGCAGACAAUAAUUAUCUCCAGUGUGUAAGACAUCUGGCACAUACUCAUUAAUAGAUACAGAUACUAGUGAUGUAUACUCAACAACAAAAAGUUAAGGACAACCCCAAUUUUCAAUAUUAAAAUAUUUAAUAGUUCAUGUUAUGAUCCAUAAAAUACAUAAAUAUUAAAUAUUGGGGUUGUCAUUAACUUUGUUUUGUUGAGUAUAUGUUGUCAACAAGGAGGGUGUGAUAGGUCAUGACACUGGAUGAGAAGUAUUAGCAACAUCUGGCACAAUGAUAUACCUUUCAUCUGCCCUCCUGACUGAUGACCUGGGGCAGUGGAGUAGCCUAGCAGUUAAAGCGUUCGUUCGUCAUGCCGAAGGCUCAUGUUUCAUUUUCCACAUGGGGACAAUGUGUGAAGCCCAUUUCUGGUGUCCCCUGCUGUGAUAUAGCUGGAAUAUUGCUACAAGCAGCGUAAAACCAAACUCACUCACUCACUCACUCACUGAUGACCUGUGCAGUAUACGAAACUGUAUAGAGGGAGGUGCAUUUAUUGUGGCAAGCAUAUUUCCAUGUUGGAACAAAAUAGAAAGUCCUGUUGGUAAGCUAUUACAUGUACACCCGAUGAUAUUGUACCCCAUGCAUAAAUCUUUAGGAGUUACUAACUUUCUUGAGUGGUUUGUGUAUGUUGGUUACUGCAGGAUCGAAUUCAUUGUUUUCCAGCAGUUGCAGAAAAAUGCUUUCUCUAGAACCAUCUUUGCAGUUGUUUUCAAUUUUCAUUUUUGAAAUGUUGUAUAAGUGCAUGUAGUUGUUGAAUGAAAUUUGCUUCGUUUCAGUUCACUAUGACUUAUAGUGCAAGGGAGUAUAUUUGUAUGCUCAUGACACAAUAUAUAACCUCUCGAGGUCAUCCUGUGCAAGUAUGGAAGCUUGCAGCAGGCUGAGACAGAAGGUGCUACAAACAGUAACAACACAAAUGGUGUUUCAUGGUGUGGCUACCGUGCUGAACGUCUAAAAUUGCUGAUUUGUGAUAUUUUAAACCCAGACUUUUAAAUAUGUUUCAUGUACAGUAUUAGACGUGAAUGGUCAUAAUUUACAAAAAGCAAGUUUUGAGGGUGUUGGUGACUUAGCAUUGAUAGCUAUGCAUGUACCCCAUGGUAAGCCCCUUGCAUUGCUGAUCAUCAGUGUCAUGUUCUGUGAGACUGCAGCAGGAACAAGACGGUCUUGAUUACCUAAUACGUCACUAACUGGAAUAUGUGUGUAAUGUGAUGAUUGCUCAGUGAUAUUUGUGUAUUCCUUCUAAAUAAACUGUAUAUAGUUAGCAUUUUGUCAAUAGAUGCCAAUCAACAUCAUUAUUUUUGUUAUAGUCGUUUUCUAAUUUUGUCAUAAGAAAAGUAAAAUUGUUGAGAUUGUUUA